AUUCAACCCGAGUCCAGUCACAGAUGGUAAAGCCUACCCCAGUGGUGAGGGGAAGACCAAGAAGGAAGCAAAGCAAAAUGCAACAAAAAAUGCUCUGGAAAGCCUGUCUAAGCUUGGUCAUCGGGACUCAGUGGAAUCUAGAAACAAUGCAGCAGAAGCUUCAGUUCAGACGGUUCCUAGCUCUGAGGACACCAGCUUUACAGAGACAGAUUUCAAAAGUCUUGUCAACCGCUAUUGUCAGAAAACCAAACGUUCCCAUUCAUAUGUUGAAGUGAAGAAAGAUGGCCCGUCUCACGUUCCUCAUUUUUUCUACAAAUUAAUAAUUGACGACAAGGAAUAUCCUGUGGGUGAAGGGAAUAGCAUCAAGGAAGCCCAACAGAAAGCAGCAGAGUUAGCCUGCUCUGCUCUUCAGGAACAGCCAGACUGGGACAUCAAGGUGUCCAUCAGGCCAACAGCAUCAGAAGAUGGUGCUCCACCUGAAUCAUUAGCCUCAUCAGUUACACAGGAGUCCAUUGAGUCCUCAUUGCAGGGCCUGACUACAGACCAGAGAAACAAUGCAGCAGAAGCUUCAGUUCAGACGGUUCCUAGCUCUGAGGACACCAGCUUUACAGAGACAGAUUUCAAAAGUCUUGUCAACCGCUAUUGUCAGAAAACCAAACGUUCCCAUUCAUAUGUUGAAGUGAAGAAAGAUGGCCCGUCUCACGUUCCUCAUUUUUUCUACAAAUUAAUAAUUGACGACAAGGAAUAUCCUGUGGGUGAAGGGAAUAGCAUCAAGGAAGCCCAACAGAAAGCAGCAGAGUUAGCCUGCUCUGCUCUUCAGGAACAGCCAGACUGGGACAUCAAGGUGUCCAUCAGGCCAACAGCAUCAGAAGAUGGUGCUCCACCUGAAUCAUUAGCCUCAUCAGUUACACAGGAGUCCAUUGAGUCCUCAUUGCAGGGCCUGACUACAGACCAGAGAAACAAUGCAGCAGAAGCUUCAGUUCAGACGGUUCCUAGCUCUGAGGACACCAGCUUUACAGAGACAGAUUUCAAAAGUCUUGUCAACCGCUAUUGUCAGAAAACCAAACGUUCCCAUUCAUAUGUUGAAGUGAAGAAAGAUGGCCCGUCUCACGUUCCUCAUUUUUUCUACAAAUUAAAAAUUGACGACAAGGAAUAUCCUGUGGGUGAAGGGAAUAGCAUCAAGGAAGCCCAACAGAAAGCAGCAGAGUUAGCCUGCUCUGCUCUUCAGGAACAGCCAGACUGGGACAUCAAGGUGUCCAUCAGGCCAACAGCAUCAGAAGAUGGUGCUCCACCUGAAUCAUUAGCCUCAUCAGUUACACAGAACAACAGUGAAUCAUCUUCACAAAACACCAGAUUUGGCCUGACGUCAAAAGGCAGAGGUUCCUCGAAGAGUUUUCAGUGACUUUUACCAAAGAGAAGCAAAUUAUUAACUCAUUGCUGUCUGAGAAACCAGAAGACCGACCUGAUGCCAGCGCCGUAAAGGAAAAGCUUGAAGAGUGGACUCAGAUAUUCAGCACACAAAAAGCAUCUCGCCAGGAAAAUCAAACUGUCUGAUAGUCACAAGAGAAAAGUUUCAAAAGUCACAGGAGCCUUUGCAAAUCUGUCUUCUUGCAUCUGCUUAAUGAAAUGAUUUGAUGUACUGUGUAAUAUUAUGUUGGGUAACUGUUAAUGUGCAAAGUUAAUAUAUGGAAGAGGUCACAUCAUGAAUCCCAGCUAUUUUGGGGAAGUUUGUAUUGGAUUUGGAAAUGAAAUGUGAAAUCAUGAUUUUAAAAUCUAACUAUUCAAAUCAGUUUCCCGGUGAAGGUCGUCACUUUGUAACUGUUGUUAACCUGCUGCUGUCCUGAGGAGGAGGAACUGUGAUGCUACGUGUACUUCUGAUGGAUUCAUGUUGAAUGUCAGAGAUAAAAAAGCACACUCCAUGUGGCUCAAUUUUAGAAACUUUCCUAAAUGUUUUCAAUCAUUUUUAACCCAUGAAAUACAGUUUAACACAUUUUUCUUCCAUUUUUUCUUUUGUUUAUUUUAAUCUGAUUGAUUGCAAUAUCAGUCAGCUAUGUGUGACUUGAAACAGCAGGAGAAAGGUCAUUAAUACUGUACUAGAGGGAAUAAAAUAAU